CCAAAACCCGUGCCCGCUGCCUGACGAUGGUAGCCUGAAGACGGAUGGUCCAGGGCCGUCCUCGUCUAACCCGAAACAUGCGAGUGUAACUUGAUUCGUGUUCCCGUCAAUAGCGCGAGCUCAGGUACACGCGUUCAUCUCGAAACCUUCGGCUACGUUACGUUUUAAACCAUGGAGGACGACUGCGUUUGUGAAUACGACUCGACCUGGGACACGGAGAGCGAUGGAGACGACCCGGCCGGAGAGAGCCAACCCCGGCGGUCAUCUCAGGACAAAAACAAAUCCGGCUGGACUCUAAACUGGCACCACACGCCCAGAAACAUGAGGGCGGCAAAGGACAUGCAGAACUACAGGAGAGGCUAUCCAAAUCUUACAGAUGACGAGUGCUCGGAAGACAAAAUGAAUAAUUUGCAGUUUUAUCUGAAUAAAUUUCCCUCCUCUCCUGAUGAUAUCUACAUCGAAUCAUUUCUCAAGGAGUGGAAAAACGACUACAAGCGGCUGGAGAGAGUUCACUCGUACAUUCAGUGGUUGUUUCCACUGCGAGAGCCAGGAGUUAAUUACAUGGCUUCAGAACUCACCAAGAAAGAAAUUGAGGCCUUCAAGAAGAACGAGGACGCUAAGAAGCGACUAGUCGAGUCCUAUGAACUCAUGUUGGGCUUCUACGGCAUGCGGCUGGUCAACAAGGAGACGGGCGAGGUCAAACGAGCAGAUAACUGGAAGGAGCGCUACGGAAACCUGGAGCGGAAUAUGCACAACAACCUGCGCAUCACUCGCAUCCUGAAGAGCCUCGGGGAGCUGGGCUUCGAGCACUACCAGGCCCCGCUGGUGCACUUCUUCCUGGAGGAGACGCUGGUCAAGAAGACCCUCGGCAGCAUCAAACGCAGCGUGCUCGACUACUUCCUGUUCGCCGUCCUGGACAAGCAGAAGCGGCAGGAGCUGGUGCGCUUCGCCUACCUUCACUUUGAGCCGAAGGACAAGUUUGUGUGGUGUCCCCGGAAGGUUCAGAAGCAACUCCGGAAGGCGGAGAAGAGAGCCGACCCCCUCGGCAACGGAGACGGGAAGGACGAGGCGUGUCCGCGGAGCAAAGGCCGAGACGGCGAGGCCGCCGCGCAGCAAAAGGAGGACGCGCCGGACAGCGUGCCGACGGCUGAGAAAGGGACGGAUAAAACGGCGAGCGGAGGCGGAAACGAGGCGUCGCUGGCGUCGCCCGACGCGGACCCGGAAGCGGAGACCGACGUGAACUCCGACGUUUCGGAGAAUGGAAACGACUCCGCGGCUGACGUGGACGAGAUGGAUCAGUCGUCCGGUCCCGACUCCGCGGCGGCGAAAAGCGAGGACGCGGCGGCCGCCGACCCGAAGGCCGCCGCCCACGAACAUGACAGCCGAAUGCAAACGGAUGCGGACAUCGACACGGAAAAGCCCCCGAAGAAGAAGAGAGAAGAGGAGGAGGAGGAGCCGCGAAGCAACGGCUCCGCAGGGGACGCCGCCUCCUCCUCCUCCGCCGGUGGGCAGGCGGCAGAGGAGGAGCCCGCCGCCGGUCAGACGAGCCCCUCGGCACAGACGCCCCUAAAGACGUCGAAACAUUCACCCUCGCUUUCUUCCGGGAGAGAGGAGAAAGUCCCGCGGACUGAUUAUAAUCAAGCGCCAGAUAAAAAGGAAGAGGAGGAAACGUCGGGGGCCGAGCGGACGAACGGGAAGGAGCACGAGGACGCCGAGAUGGAGUCGACCCCCUCGAGCCAAGACCAACACGUCGCCGCUUCCUGAGUGAGCCGAGCGGCGGAAGGAGAGGCUUUAGUUUGAGCUGAAAUGUAAAUGUGGGGACAGAGUGAGACUUAAAAAGACUUCCUGGCCUCAUUUCUACUUUAUUUGUUGCUUUAGAUCUCAAUUAUUUUCACUUUGGGGGCGAGUGUGAAGUCAUUGCGUAAUGUGGGGUAGGAGGUAAGUUUCCACACCUGACGACAUGAAAGGAGAAGUCUGAUGAUCAUCUUAAAAAUAUUUUUGCUAUUGUCAACAAGUCCCAUGAAAAAGGUCAAAAGGUCAACGAACGGUCGUCUAGUCGGCUGCUUUCUGGCUCCCUCGUUCUGUAAGUGGCUCAUUGAUUGUAAUUGGAGACACGAAUCAUCAAAUGUUGACGUCAUUGUUUUUUUAGGUCUAAAAAAUUUCACAUUAGGGAACUAUUUGUUUACUCUUUUUUUUUUUUUUUUGGCAGAUCUUACGCAAACGGCUUUUUAAAUUAUUUUUUCUGCCGCCGUUUUGCGAGUAUUUCCAGCAGCGUGUGAUCGACUGAAAAUCUCCCGUUCUAUAAUUGUGUCGUUAUAUUAUUGAGAUGAGGGGGCGUGUCCGCCAGGCUGACGCACGAGCGAUACGAGUUUCAUAAACGUAUCGUUUGUCUUUUCAUGGGAUUUGUCGACCAAACAGAAUAUCACCAGACUUUUAAAGUAGUCGUAUUUAAUAUCCCACACAUGCGCUAAUAUUUAUGUAAGUCCAGAAAAUUGUGAGUAUUCUUAACCGUGAUACUUUCAGAAUUUAAUAAUUGUUUUGCACUGAAAAAUAAUUAAUUGGAGGAUCUUUUUCUUUUCUUUUUGGGCUGUUUUUGCGAGUAAAGAAUCCUCUGGACCGGUCUGCAUCUGCUGGACCCGCUGUGGACAUUUCAAAAACGGUCUCACGAUUGGUCCUCGUGACGACUCGCGAAGUGGACUUUUUCAAACAACGGAAGGCCUUGUCCGAAAAAUGUGAUACGACUGUUUGAUUGUACUGAAUGUCUGUCUUCUCUCAUUUGAAGUCCACUGGAUGUUAAUUUUCCGUAAGUGAUGAACAUGUACGAGCCUGGAAGAUUUAUCUUGAUGCAUCUUUUUUUUUGUUGGUAUUUGCACUUCAAUUUCACGAUUAAUUAUUAAAGUUAUGGUAUUUAAUUAACGACAUGGUAUUUUUUUUUUAAAGGGCCGUAUUGUUUUGUAUACGAUUGUUCCCGCCCCCAACUGGCUGGUGACGAAGCAGAAUAAAGUUCUACCAUUUCUUU